AUGGCUUCUGAAAAAGGUGUUAAUUCAGCAACUCCAGAGUGCCCAACAAUUGACUACAAGCAGCCGGAUUCAUCCCCAUAUGAGGAUCCAUUUGUCACACUUCUCAUAGGGCCUAAGGAGCAACCUGCCGAAGUGUACACGGUCGAAGACAAACAACAACCCGAACAAGAACAGCGUGAAGCAGAAGGGUUUGCAAAACAAAAACAGGAAGACAAGAUGUAUAAGAAGAAACAGGAGGAAGAGAAGAGGAAAUGGGAGGAAGAGAAGAAGAAACAGGAGGAAGAGAAGAAGAAAUGGGAGGAAGAGAAGAAGAAAUGGGAGGAAGAGGAAUAUAUGAAGAAAUGGGAGGAAGAGGAGAAGAAGAAACAGGACGAAGAAGAGAAGGAGCAGUAA